AUGACAUAUGAUUGGAAAAGCGUUAUUGCCUAUAUAUUCUUAUGUUCUCUGAGAUUAAUUUGUUCUUUAUCGACUGGGUAUAUUCAUCCCGAUGAAUUCUUUCAAUCCCCAGAAAUUAUGGGUGGUGAUGUAUUUGGGUUUGAGGUAUUUAGGCCUUGGGAAUUUGAAAAAUAUCCACAAUGUCGUUCUAUAGUCAUUCCUAAUCCAAUGACAUUACUUAAAGUUGAGUGGCAGGGAAGGCUAAUAUUUACACCAUUAAAUAAUAUCCGAUACAAUCUUGAUUCUAAUAAUUUAGCAGAGCAUGGACUUCAUCCUAGAUACCUUCAUAUUUUCAAUUUUGUUCUUCUUUUUGGACCACUUGUAUUACUGGCAAUGAAGGAUCUUAAUGCCAGUUUUAAUUACAUGAGAUUUACAGCUAAGAAAAGAUACAAGACUGUUAUUAUUUAUAGUGGUCUGUGUGGAUUCAUAUUACUUUCAUUGAUACCGCACCAAGAACCAAGGUUCCUUUUACCACUUUUAAUUUCUGUGAUAGUAGUACCUUCAGAUAGAUUACAAAAAUUACCGAAAUUAUUUUGGCUUUCAUGGGUAAUAUUUAAUGCCAUAUUUGCAAUGUUCUUUGGCGGACUCCAUCAAGCAGGAAUUAUACCAAUAAUUCAAAGAUUACAAUAUGAAGCGAUUGGGUUCAGGAAUUGUGAGGAAUACGAAGGAUACGUUCGUUGUGAUGUUGGUAAAAGGAUUAUUAGACCAGCUUAUAAAAUUGCAGAUACAAGUGUGCAAGUUAACAUCCACGAUCUAGCUGGUCGACCAAUUAAAAUCUUAGAAGCUUUGUUGUUGAAACAAGUUAGCCCCCCAAAACACUUAAUUACUCCUUAUUUGAGACAUAUCUAUUUUCAACAACGUGUCAAUGGUAAUAUUACCCUAAGACAAUAUGAAAGAACGUUGUUAGUAACACCUUCAACAACGGACUUGUCAAUAUUUGAAGAGCACAGUAAGUCACAGUCAAACUCAGAAACCAAGAAAAUUGAAUUGGUUUUGGCUGAUAAAUAUUGGCCUCAUUUGAAUUUUGAUUAUUUUGAUAGAGUUUUUAAAUCUGGAAUGUAUUUAAAUGUUUAUGCUGUUGUUCAAGGAUGA